AUGGCGGAAGGCAACGACAAGAGCUCAAACCCCAUGCGGGAGCUGCGCAUCGACAAGCUGGUGCUGAACAUUUCGGUCGGCGAGUCUGGUGAUCGUCUCACUCGUGCUGCAAAGGUGUUGGAACAACUGUCGGGUCAAACUCCCGUCUACAGCAAAGCUCGUUACACUGUCCGCUCUUUUGGCAUCCGUCGCAACGAAAAGAUUGCAGUCCAUGUCACCGUCCGUGGCCCCAAAGCCGAAGAAAUCCUCGAACGCGGCCUGAAAGUCAAGGAAUACGAACUACGGAAGAAGAACUUCAGCGAGACCGGACACUUCGGGUUCGGUAUCUCUGAGCACAUCGAUUUGGGGAUCAAGUAUGAUCCGGCGAUUGGGAUUUACGGGAUGGAUUUUUACUGCUGCAUGGGUAGGCCCGGAGCGAGAGUUGCCAGAAGAAGACGCUGCAAGAGCAAGGUGGGACGAAGCCAUCAAGUCUCUAAGGAUGACGCGAUCAAGUGGUUCAAGACGAGAUUUGAGGGCAUUGUGCGAUAG